AUGGGCUGCUGUAGCUCACGAGAACCCCCUCCUCCGCUUCCCCCCCGAGGCCCUAGUGUCGACAUAAUACACCAGCGGGCGCCCCUCAGCCCGGUUGAACGCCGGCCAACGCUCCCUGCACGCCUGGCGUCGCUAGCAGAGGACCAAGAAGCACAAAUCGCAGGUCGUGAUUCUCACCUGAGUGAUGGUCAGCCACCGCCCAUACCUCCCAAGAUCCCUCACCUCCCACCACGUCCCACAUCCACAGAGCUACGGAAUCCCGAACGCUGGCAAGAUGUCCCGUCAGCCGUGGAGCUGGCGGCCUUGAACCAGAACGUGCCCAGGGUCCACCUCAACCGCUCAAAGACAUCCACUCUCGAGUUCGACCCAAAUCCCCGCCCGUAUCCCCGCGCUCCGACCCCAGAGCUGGAGAGUAACCCUACCCCAAUAUACAACGCCAUGGUCACCAACCACUUGGCGCCCGGGGGCCUCGAACACAACCACCACCCCGAAGCGGGUAUUGCGCGGUAUCGGUCCCCGGUGUCGGAUCUGGACUCGGAAGAUAUUCGUGCGAGGAGCCUUUCGCCAGUCAGCGUGAUAGAUCCAAUGUCGAGGCAACCGAGCUUUGCGGUGGGGCCGCGGACGGGCGCACAUAUAGAGUUGGAGGCCGUGGGGACGCAUAUUGAGUUGCCGGCGACGCAGGAGGCAGGGCCUCAUAUCGAGCUACCGGCAAUCCCGAUGGGGGCGACGGUGUGUGGGCCUGUGGAGAUGUAUCAUGAGCUCGACGCGGGUUACGGGGCGGUGGAGAUGCCGACACGGUAG